CACUGAGUUAGUUCGGUUGAUGUAGGGCUUGAACUUGUAUCCACAAACACAAGUCACUCAACAUUUGCAUGUCAUUGUUAUCAGACAAACAUUUGGCCUGCAAACUUUCUUCUUUGUGUCUUUUUAUGAUCCAUCAAGAGAAUGUACUUUGUGAUUAACUUUAUCUCUUUUGUCAUCUCUUUCUAACCAUGGCAUUAUGCCUUUUAACAGUUUCUCAUUGUCUCAAGCAUAGAGUCCAAAUGCAUAAAGUCCUUAAUUUGAUCUUGGCUACCUUUGUAAAAGUUGCUCUAACAGAUACAAACAAUACAAUUCUGUUAAGAGGACUAUCUUUCAUUUGGACUUUCUGCUUGUCUCAGCCAUGGAUCACCGCGGUUUCAAUCUUUUAAGCUUUCAUCAUGAACAGGUUAUUUUGCUACAGAAGGACAAAAACUUCACUUUCAUCCUUGUUGAGGUCAUGCUGAGGGUAUUCCCUUGAUAUAAGUAAAAUACAGGUUGAUUGAAACCCAAGACUAAAAAUUUGAUCGAGUCUCCACUCUAACUCGUCCUGGAAUUGGGAUCAUGGAUCAAAUCCCAAUCCCCACCAUUGAUUUCAGUGUUUUCCAGGGUGGUCACAAUCAUGUUCAAGAGUGUGGGAGAAAUGAAUUGAUCAACAAUGUCGCCGUAGAUCCUUGGUUUGAAUUGGACAGUGAGGAUCUUGAUUCUCUUUACACAGUAUUUGACCUUAAAUAUCAAGAUAAUACAUCAGACAAACAAGUUCAGUCACUGGAAGAUCAGCAACAAAGCAUUUCAGAUCACUGGACCCAAAGUGAUGAUUCUUCCAACAUGGACUUGCCCCUGCAGCCUAUCCAAAUUAAAACGACCCCCGAAGCAUCUAAUGGGAUUCAGCCUCAGGAGCCAAGGCUUGACAAUUUCCAUGGAGAGAAAACAAAUUCCAUUUCUUUAGCAUCUUUGGAGAUCUUGAACAAUUGUGGGAGAUUGUUCAAGAAACCAAGUGAGGAGAACUUGAGCAACGUAUUACUCAGCAACGAGGCUCGUGUAAGUAACAUCUCUAAGUUGUCAACAGAAGAAAUCUUACGAGUUGCUGGAGAAAGAUAUAUCCAGUACUCCACUCAAAGGGUAGAUGGUCUUUCUAUGUUUAUACAUCCAUACGCUUCAUCACUUUCGGGCCUUUCCAUAGAGCAAACAAAGGACAUGGAACUUGUUCACCUCCUUCUAGCUGCUGCAGAAGAAGUGGAUCAGCAGCAAUUUCAUUUGGCUAGCCAAUCUAUUGCACAAUGCCUGUGGAAGGCAUCUGCUACAGGUAAUCCAAUCCAGAGACUUUGUUUCUAUUUUGGUGAAGCUUUACAAGAAAGGAUUGAUCGAGAAAUAGGAAGGUCCCCAUGUUUCGAAAGAAAGUUAAGGUUUUUAAGCACUCUGGCAUUAGGUAAUACACCUGAAUCCUUAACAUGCCAUACAGAGAUUCCCUUCAGUCAAGUAAUGCAAUUCGCGGGAAAUCAGGCAAUAGUUGAAUAUGUUAAAGGUGCAACCAAGAUCCAUCUGGUUGACUUUAAUAUCAGAAGUGGAAUUCAGUGGACAGGAUUGAUGCAAGCUCUUUCCGAACGACGUAACUGUCCAAUUGAGCUUCUGAAAAUUACAGCCAUUGGACACCAAGAAAAAGAGAAAAUAGAAGAAACAGGCAAGAGAUUACAAAGUUUUGCCAAUUCCUUGAAUCUUCCCUUUUCAUUUGAUAUGAUCUUUAUGUCUGACAUGAAAGAUCUCAAGGCAGAAUCAGUCAAUCUUAAAGCAGAUGAAACUGUUGCUGUCUAUUGUUACACUGUACUUAGAACAAUGAUCUGCAGGCAAGAUUAUUUGGACAACACGAUGCGAGUAAUCAGAGGACUAAGACCAUCUGUGGUUGUUGUCUGUGAAGUUGAGGCAAACCUUAAUUCACCUUCAUUUUUGAACCGUUUCGUGGAGGCACUCUUCUUUUAUAGUGUUCUUUUUGAUUGCUUUGAAGACUGCAUGGAUAGAGACAAUUUGGUCAGAAAGAGGAUUGAAGUAUUUCAUAUUGGUGAAGGAAUCUGGAAUAUGGUUGCAGCUGAGGGUGCAGAAAGGUUCACUCGGAAUGUAAAGCUUGAUGUAUGGAGAGCAUACUUUGCAAGGUUUGGAAUGGUGGAAAUGGAGCUCAGCGAGUCAUCUCGAUAUCAAGCAAAUCUGAUUCUAAAGCAAUUUUCCCAUGGCAGUUCUUGCAUUGUUCAAAAGGAUGGAAAGGCCCUCCUAGUUGGAUGGAAGGGAACACCCAUUGAAUCAGUUUCUAUUUGGAAGUUCUUGUAAAGAUACUGAAAAGGGGAGCUUUAAGGACAGGAAAUUAGUAGGAUACUUAACUUGCUCUAUUCUUUUAUAUACCCUUAGAGUUAUUGUAGCUAGGGAUAGGUGCAAGCAAACACACAUUCAGGAUAAAACAAGAGAAAAUGCUUGAGAUGGUUGGGUUAUGUCUAGUGUUGGCUUCCGUGUCAAUUAUGGCGAGUAAAGGUGUUAAAAAUGGGACAAGAUAGACCUAAAAUCACAUGGAAGGAAGUUGCCCCGAAAGACCUACAAUCUCUUCGAAUUCAUGUAGGCCUACCAAGAAAUAGGGCACAAUGGAAUAAAAAGAUAAAUAUAAGUGAUAAUAACUAGUUGGCAAUAUGUUUUAGCCAUAUUAGUACAUUUACUAAAGGUCUAUUCAAAGAAAUAUUUUAUAUCUGCUGAAGAUUUA